AUGGCGGCGGACCUACAACCCGAGUGGAUUUUGUGCCUCCCGUCUUCCUGGAGUUAUGGGGUUACUCGUGAUGGACGUGUCUUCUUCAUUAACGAAGAAGCCAAGAGUACAACCUGGCUGCAUCCAGUGAGUGGCGAGGCGGUAAUAACCGGCCACAGGAAAACUCCAGACCUACCGACUGGAUGGGAAGAAGGAUAUACUUUCGAGGGUGCGCGGUGCUUUAUCAAUCACAAUGAGCGGAAGGUGACCUGCAAGCAUCCUGUCUCAAGCCAGCCCUCACAAGACAAUUGCAUCUUUGUCGUCAACGAACAAUCCGCUUCCAAAGUGCCGUCGAAUGAGAAGAUGGAUCGGCCACUGAGCACCAUGACUGAGGCCUCCAACUACACCAGCGGCUCGGACUACGCUGCGAACCCCAACAGUCCAGCAGGAAGACCCUCAAGACCUUCCAAAAAAAUCCACAACUUUGGGAAGAGAUCCAACUCCAUCAGGAGGAAUCCCAGCGCCCCAGUAAUGAAGAGAAACUGGCUUUAUAAACAGGACAGCACAGGGAUGAAGCUGUGGAAAAAGAGGUGGUUUGUGUUGUCUGACCUCUGCCUGUUCUACUACAGAGAUGAAAAAGAGGAAGGGAUAUUAGGCAGCAUCCUCCUACCGAGCUUUCGUGUUUCCAUGCUGUCGGUGGAUGAUCACAUAAACAGAAAAUAUGCCUUCAAGGCGACGCAUCCCAACAUGCGGACAUACUAUUUCUGCUCCGACACAGCUAAAGAGAUGGAGUCUUGGAUGAAAGUCAUGACAGAUGCUGCACUUCUGCAUUCAGAGCCGGUCAAAAGGUUGGACAAGCUAAAUGUGGAGCAGUGUGGACCCCAAGAAAUCAACAAUGUAGCCAACCACAAGCCGCCACUCACACAGCCUGAGAUCCAGAACAAUGAGCUGAACCGCGAGGCUGACCGUGAGCACGCUGCAGCGGUCCAAUCCGCCGCAGCAGAGGAAGACAGGAAGUUGCGCGACGCAGAGCGCUACGGCUUCCAGAAGGACGGGGCGGAGCGGGAGCGUCCCCUCACAAAGAUCAACAGCAUCAAGCUGCAGCCGGCCCAGGCAGCGGCCGUCAAAGCUAACCUCGCCGCGCCGCAGACUCCCACAGAAGUAGACGGGUUGCAGCGCAGCCCCCAGGUCAACGGAUCUGCUGAGCACUCUCCAGCUGAUAAGACUGGAACCCCCCCUCAGCAGUAUACCCCCCCUCAGCAGUAUACCCCCUCUCAGCAGUAUACGCCCUCUCAGCAGUUUACCCCCUCUCAGCAGUUUACCCCCCAGGAGCCAGACCGCUCCUCCCUGAACAGAACCAGCUCCAUGCAGCAACUCGAGCAGUGGGUCCGCACACAGAAAGGACGCAGCCAGGAUGACGACACCAGGAGCAUUACGUCAUACCAGACGCUCCCUAGAAACAUGCCAAGCCAUCGGGUUCCUUAUAUGCCUCAUUAUGGUGAUGGCUACUGCAGUAUGCCCAGGAAUAGCAUGGCGCAGCGGGACAGCAUCUGCAGCAUGUCUCCAUCUCUGUACGAGCAGGCCCUGGGUCCCUCGCCGGGGGACAGGCGCGGCUCCAUGCGGGACGACACCAUGUGGCAGUUGUUCGAGUGGCAGCAGAGGCAGGCCUACACCAGGCCGCCGGCGGCGCUCUACAGCAACAUGGCCAGUCCCAAAACCAUGAUCAACCUGUCGGAGCACACCGCACCGAGCCACUCCAUCCCCCCCUCGCCCUCCCACGGCUCCCUGUCCAUGCACGGCGGCUACUCUCCCAUGAGAUCCUACAACAUGAACAGUGCUCGCUCUGAGGUUUCCUCUCCCGUUUACAGAGGAGACAUGAGCAUCGACCGACGCCAGAGACCACAACCCAACAAGUAUGCCUACCCCCCCGAUCGGAGGUCUAUGCCUGCAGGGAUCCCAGUCCAGCCUAUCACUGCCCAGUCUCUCCAAGGCAAAACACCUGAGGAACUGACUCUGCUGCUGAUAAAGCUGCGGCGGCAGCAGGCAGAGCUAAACAGUAUCCGGGAGCACACUGUAGCACAGCUUAUGCAACUAAACAUGGAUGGCGACAACCCAAAGAACGACAUUCUCUCGCAUCACCUCCAAAGGAACCUCAUGUAUUUGGACAAUCAGAUGAAGGAAAAUGAGCCUUUAAUCGCCAUGACUCACACUUUGAUUGAGAACUCUGCCCCAAGGCCUCAACUUUACCAGCAAUUAAGUCCAGAAGACUACAGGGAGCGCGCAUAUACACAUAUGCCAGAAGAGGUGGACAUUGAUACCAAACUCAGCAGGUUGUGUGAGCAGGAUAAAUUGGUGCAGACACAGGAGGACAAACUUCAGCAGCUGUACAGAGAGAAGCACACCCUGGAGACUGCACUGCUCUCAGCCAGCCAGGAGAUAGAGAUGGGCACUGAGAACCCGUCCGGCCUGCAGAGCGUCAUCCAGCAGAGAGACCUACUGCAGAGCGGCCUGCUCAGCACCUGCAGAGAGCUCUCCAGAAUCACAGCAGAGUUGGAGCGGUCGUGGAGGGAUAAUGAUAAGAUGGAAGCAGAUGUGACUCUGGCUAACAACAACCUCCUGGAGCAGCUUGAAGCACUGGGAAGCCCUCAGACGGAGCCUCCCAGCCAGCAGCAUGUGAGCAUCCAGAAAGAGCUGUGGAGGAUACAAGAUGUGAUGGAGGCCCUCAGCAAAAAUAGAGCUCAGAGAAAUGCUGAGGGUAUGAACUUGUACGGGUCCAAUAACAACUUCAGCAAGCACAAAAAUGAGGAGGAGGACUCGGUGCCCCCACGGCCACCCCUACCCCAGUCCUAUGAGCCCAAACCCCCCAACAUGCCCUCUCAUACUGGUGUGCGUCCUUCAACCCUGCACCGGCCGGAGGACAGGAAGGCCAAUCACAGGAAUGGCACGCACAGCGGCCCGGACUACAGGCUGUAUAAAAGUGAACCUGAACUCACCACAGUGGCGGAGGUGGAUGAGAGCAAUGGAGAGGACCGAUCUGAGCACGCUGAUAGAGAACAUUCUGGAAACAAAGGGAUGUCCUACCCAGUGGGAAUCGUCCCACCCAGGACCAGAUCUCCGGUGACUGAAUCUUCUUCAAUACAUUCAUAUGUCACCUUAAGGAAGAGCAAGAGGCCUGACCCCAGGACGGAGCGUCCUCACAGCGCGUUGGAGCAGCAGCUGUCAGCAGGGGAGAGCGGCCGGCCCAGGAUGAGCGUGGAGGAGCAGCUGGAGAGGAUCCGCCGCCACCAGCAGGGGACCCUCCGGGGGAAAAAGAAAGGCCACCACAUCAGGGGGGGCAGCCAGGAGCCCACUCGCAGUCACUCUUUCACUAAAGAGAACCAUUCUCGCAGCACGCAGUCACAACAGAGGCGUAGAGAGGAUGUGAUGAGCUUUGACAUCGAGGCGCUGGAGGCCUCCAUGAGGCAGCAGGAGCUGGUGCUGGAGCAGGAGACCCCGGCCGAGGAGAUCGCCCGUCUCAAAGAAGCCUCGCAGGCGGACCACUUAAAUAUGGACCGGGAGCUUUCAGUGCCUGACAAAGUGCUGAUUCCUGAGCGCUAUGUGGAGUCAGACCCCGAGGAGCCUCUGAGCCCGGAGCAGGAGGCUGAUAAGCAGAGGAAAGUUGAUCGCAUCAAAGCCCUCAUUGCCAAAAACAGUAUGCAGAAUGUGCUGCCUAGCUUGGCUCUGAGCCCCGAGGAGGAGACUGAAGUGGAGGUGACAGCGCAGGAGAAAGAGAAGAUGAUUAAUAUCUCCUACGAGCUGGCAGCAGAGGCCUCCAAACGCAGCAAGCUGGUAGCAGUGAAAAGCCUGUCGCCCUCAUCCCCAUCCCUACCACAGUCUCCUAACACACCCCAACUCACUGAUGGCUCUCACUUCAUGUGUGUGUAGUGGCUCCACACAGGCCCUGGCCUCAGUAAGAACAUACACAUGAAGGAAACAGCAGUGGAGGUGUAACAGGUUCCUGAAGACUUCCCCAUCAGCACAAGGCCCCAGCCUGCAGAGAGAGAAACUGCCCACUCUGGACUUCUGUAUGCUCACUGUGACGUCUCAAGCCACCAACAACAUUUUCUCUGUGACAUUUUCUUUUUUGGGCGCCAGCUUUGAUUCUGUUCUUGUUGCAGUUCCAUUAUCAGUUUUUACAAUGCUUUUACGCUCGUUCUUAUUAUUUAUAUGGUUUUAUUAGGUUCUUGUUUGGAAAGGGCCAUCGUCUGUCUGUGUAUAUAUGAGGCUAACGGACUGAAGGCCUGUAAAAAAAGUGUUUAGGCCACAUUUUUCAUUCAUGUUUCACCACCUGUCCUACAAGGUUUCAAAAACACAUCAUUUUUAGCUCAUUUCCAUCUUUUAUAAGUCACGCAGUUUGUUUUGCAAACAUCGGUAAUUACCCAACCAUCCAUAUUUAUCCGUUUAUUGUAAAGAACAUUUGUUGAUACUAAAGAUGACUUUAUAAGAGAUGUAGAUCCCUCCAUUAUAAUAUACGGAGGAGCCACUUUAUUGCUACAGACAAAGAUUCAUUGUAGUUUUCCUGUUUCUGGGUUGUAAUUAUUUAAAAAGGGAUCUUCUGCAGUCCCUGUCGCGUUGUUGCCGACGAGUAUGUGAAUGUUUAAGUCACUCUAUACUGUCUUUUUUUAUUGCUGAGAGAUAUAUUUAAACUGAGAGAAGGAAAUAAGAGUUUGGUUCUAUUUUAUGACAUGUUGGUUUGAAGUCUUGGAACUAAAAAAAAAGAUUAGCACAUCUGAAAAGCAAUAAAAAGAAAACGUUUGUGGAUCGAGGAUUUCUUUUUGUGUGUGUGUACAAAGUGUAAUUAUCAGAGGUUCACUAUGUAUAUAAUGUACAUGGUAUAGCAGGAUGGAAAGAUGUAUCCAACAUAUGGUUACGGACUAGAUUUGAUUUGAAAAUGUUCAUACUCCAUCUGUUUUAUAUCAUGUUAAAUAAAUGUUGCUGUUCUUAA